ACCCCCAGCUGAGGUGAAGCUGAGCCCCCAUGGCCUUGUCGAAGGCUUGCAAGUGUCGAGGCGUGGGCGCGCGUACGUGCGCGUGAUGUGCGCGUGUCCCUUGCCGGCUCCGCUCCUCCUCAAAUAUUCUCGCCCGGCCGUCUCCUCAUUCCCUCAACCAUCUCAUUCCUUCCUUCCUUCCCCCACCUUCCUAUCCGAGUAGCUGUAGCUCCCCCCCGCACGCACGCACGCACACAACACAAGCGCGGCAGCGCAGCUUGCAACAACACCCAGCUUCGCGUUUUGUUUGGCUGCGUGCCACCCGGAGGGAGGGAGACCCAGCUGCUAACUGAAGUGGCGGCCGGUGGAGUGGUAGCUUCUGGCCCCGCGGCGUGCACGCCAUGGCUCAGGAGGACGUCCACCUGGACGACGCCGGCCUGGCCCUGGGCCUGUCCCUCGGCGGCGGAGGCGGAGCGUCUGAUGCGGCGCGUCAGGGCACCUGCAGCCGGCUGAGCAGGGAGCCGCGCGCGCUGGAGCCGUCGCUGACGCUGAGCAUGCCGGACGAGGCGACCGCGACGGGGCCCGGCGGCUGCGGGGGCGGGCCCUCGCACAGCGUGUCGUCGCUGUCGGUGGCGGGCGUGAAGAGGGAGCGCGUGGAGGAGGCGGACGGCGAGCGGGCGUCGUCGACGGCGGCCGCGGCGCGGGCCUGCGGCGCCGGCGCCGAGGACGACGACGACGGGAGCACGCGCAAGAAGCUGAGGCUGACCAAGGAGCAGUCCGCGCUCCUGGAGGACCGCUUCAAGGAGCACAGCACCCUCAACCCGAAGCAGAAAGUCGCGCUGGCCAAGCAACUGAACCUGCGGCCACGGCAGGUGGAGGUGUGGUUCCAGAACAGACGAGCAAGCCGCGCGCGCAGGACCAAGCUGAAGCAGACGGAGGUGGACUGCGAGUUCCUCAAGCGCUGCUGCGAGUCGCUCACCGAGGAGAACCGCCGCCUCCAGCGGGAGCUGCAGGAGCUCCGCUCGCUCAAGUUCGCCGCGCCGCCCGCGGCGGCGACGCCGGCCGCCGCCGGGGCCGUGCCGGCGCCGGCGCCGUUCUACAUGCAGCUGCCGGCCGCCACGCUGACGCUCUGCCCGUCCUGCGAGCGCCUGGGUGGGCCCGCCGCCGCGGCCAAGGCCGACCCCGACCGGCCCAAGGCGGCGGCCAGCCACCACUUCUUCAACCCCUUCACCCACUCCGCCGCUUGCUGAUGGUACUGCACGCGCAUGCAUGAUGAGCAGCAGCAGCAAACAGAGCACCACCGCCCGCCACUGCACCAGCUAAUACCACGGACACGCCAUCCACCUCACGUACGCCACAAGUAACAUACGAUUGAUCGAUCGAUCCUCCCCUCUAGCUAUUUUCUUGAUCCGGGGGGGAUUAUGUUAGUUGUUCCCAUCAGCUAAUCAAUCAAUCAACCAAUCAAUCAUAGGCUUGAUAGGUUAGUCAAAAUAGCCGUAGCUUAUUCCUAGUAGCACCCACCCAAUCCAUCCAUGUAUAUUUUUGUGCAUGCAUGCUGUAAUUCUGUCCCUCUCGGUCUGCUUGCUCCCUUUUCGACAGGAGUACGUAGUAGCAGCUUCUUUUCUUUGGGUUUUCUUUCUUUCACAGGUUGUAUUGAUCAAUCAUCGAUCAGAGGGCAAGUAAUUAUUAAGUGGUAGUAUUAGUAGUAUUGUUACUGUACAAAUCGAUCAUAAUUAGAUUGAGAUGCUUCUAGUCCAUCUGCUCUUUACUAUAUAUCUAGUAUACUGACGGUGAGCGUCAGACACAGUGCUGGAUGAUGA